UACAACUUAGCCUUUAGUGUUGCUUUGCUAUGGCUGAGUGACUUGGAUGCUCAAACUGCACUGACAAGAGAGAAAAUGAAUUUUGCAGCUCGUAACCAAUACACGUAUCCCAACCAACUUGAGAGAGAAGCUAUGAUAUUAUCUUCAUAUGCUGGAAUAUUAAUGAACAGCAUCCCUAUUGAAGAGAUCUUUGAGAUUUACAGCAUGAGGCCCUCAGCAACACACCAGAAGAGCUCUGCAAACGGAGCUGCAGAAGCCAAACAAGGAAUCUCUACAAGGAAGUCUGGAAUGGAUUCAAAAGCAAGGAAUGUGAAGGAAGGAAAGACCCAACAAAGACCCAGAUUUCAUGUACCUCACUUAGCUGUAGCUGUCCAUAGGGAAGAACCUAACCACAGCUUGGUACAUUCAGAAACUGAAGAUUAAAUUGUGUGACUUUGUCCUGAUAUUGAUGGGGCUUUCUCAGCUAUACCAUGCAUCCCUCACUUCUCUUUCA